CACAGAUCAAUUUGGCUCUUCUGGCUUUGCUCCUGCCUACGUUGACGAAUGGAAAAUAUCAAUACGGCACCGGGGGAGUGCAGAAAGCUAGAAAAUAUCAUCGUCUAUGCGAUCUUGGACUGCGACAUGAUUGGCACCAUUGCAGGGAUGUCAAUGAGUGUCAAGCGCAUCCUAACAUCUGUAUGCCGAGUGUGACACAACAUCCGUUUCCAUUAGUAUGUCAAAACCUUUAUGCAAAAUACGCGUGUCAUCUACCUCAUGUUUCGGUACCCGAUGAUUACGACCGUACUGGUGUGAUCCUGAUACCUUUUGAUCCCAUUGGAAUAUACAAAUUCAAGUGCCAGUUUGGGUACUAUGCCUACUGCCGCAAAGGCGAAGAAUCCUGCAAGACUACGAACGGUGCAGCAGCCCCGUUUCGAUCAGUGGGUAACGGGUACACACGUUUUGAAUUCUACAACUUGCCACAAUGCAGGAAGCUCGAAUCCGUGACUUGCGCAGGAGUUGACUUCUACUACAGUGCCACAAAGCACACGUCUGCUGAUGCUCAUCGUAACUGCAAAAGCGCUGGCUUGCAGCUUGCGAACCAAGCACUCUCGAAAGUACGAUUUAAUCACAAAACAAUGGAGUGCCUAAAAGCAGCUCCUUCAACAUGGAUUAGUGACAACUACGUGACGCAGCUCAGCAACAAAGCUUCGCCGUUCUCACGACAAGCAAACACGUAUCCAUUUGUUUGUAUCCCUUUGGACUUUGAACGCAAAGUCAAUCGGGGGGACCUUGUUCUCGGACACUAUGCGGAUUAUGAAUGUCACGGAAGCCAGAAGCUCUACUACGUGGCUAAUGAUCAAGGGGAGACCGGUCGUAAUUUGACUCGAGCUCAAGACGCCUGCCAGGAGAGAGCAGCUCACUUGCCAGGUCCGUCCUCCAGGAGCUGCAUGUUUGAGAUGAUAAAAUGGCUGUACUCAGGACACCUAUGCCUGAAGGAAACCAAUUUUGUGAAGAUUUUCGAGUGUGUAAGAGCUCUGCGGGUAUCAUUGCAAGGCGGAGUCGCCUGGAUUGGAUCAUCUCGCGGUAGUGGCCCGCCCGGAACUUCGCGCACCACUCAUGGCCAUUCAUACCCGGUGGGCAGUAUGCUUCCCGUGACCAUCUGUACCACGCUGUGAGUGGAAGCCACGAUUGUUUGCGUGGAAUUCCACCGAUCCUCUGCGUGUGCUGCUUGAGGUGAUUGACGGCCACAGGUCUAAGAUUCGUCAAAUGAUCAAUGUUGUGCUUGCAUGAGAUGCCUUUGCCCAUUAUUAAUUUAUUAUACAUGCAUGUAGAAUAUUUAUUUUAUUGUUGUUGGUUGCUGAUGUUGUACUUGCAGUAUUACCUGAUCAGCUGACACUGAACAGGCAAGGACA